GCUCUUCGUCUUCUCCCAUCACUCUUCCCUCUUCGCUCGCUAUGAGCCUAUGCUAAACACUCGUAUUCACAAUUUUUGUUCUUGAUCUUUUUUUUUUCCAUCCUCAAGAGUACUUUUGUAUCUUGAGAGUAGUACCAUUGCCAUUUGUAUCUCGAGAGUGUGUGCUCCUAAUUUUGGCCGAGCCUAUAUUAAGGAGGAGGCGUAUCUUUUCUAUUCUGGCUGAGCGGCUGUAUAAAUUUCGUUUCGUGAAACUGGUUGAGUGGUGUGUGUCACCGUAGCGGCAGUAGCAGGAGUGCGAGAUCCUUCACGAGCUGCGUGGGGUGGUUGACCAGGACGCCUCCCUCCCGGGAGGGAUCCUGAAAUAAGGCCACCGCUCGUUUCCCCUCCCCCGCCUUCCCCUCGCCCUUCCUUUGCCACCACUCGGCCCUCGCAUUUAGCCAGCCUCCCACGGUUGUGGAGCUGUGGGCCAUUUCCCAACCGUCCCUCCGGUGGGUGGCCGGGCGUGUGGUCGCGCGACCCAUGGGCAUCCAGGUCGCGGCCGUGACGUCGUCGCCAUGCGCCGCGGCAUCGUCCUCGUCGUGUUCCCCGGUGUCGCCGUCGUCCUCUGCCGCCGCGACGUCGCCGCGGCUUGGCGCGCUUGGAGGCGUCAGGCUGUCGAGAGGGCAGUCGUCGCUGGCUAGCUGGAGCGUCGUCGGUUUGACCCGCCGGCGCGGCGUGCCCCAGAUGGCCAGGCGCGCUCUCAGCGCCAGCAUCGACAGCGUUGGGAGCGACGGCGGGGACGACGAGGAGUUCUUGCGGAGGAUUCAGGAGCUCGCCGUGGGGCUGCACCCUGGCGCCGCUGGCUGCGGGUGGCCGGCGAGCGUGGAGCGGAGCGCGAGCAGCGUGGGUCUGCCGCUGUCGCUGCGGAUGCUCAAGCGGAAGAAGCAGCAGCAGCAGCAGCAGCAGGGCCGGUGGGACGAGCGGCUGAUCGACUGCGCCGGCGAGUCCGCGCGCGGGGCGGUGGGGCGCGCGUUCUCCUCGAUGGUGCUCAUCAUCCGGGAGCUGCAGAGCUUCACGCUGCAGAUGCGGCAGUCACUCUUCUACGAGGACCUGCAGGGUGUGCUCGCGCGCGUCCACGCCGAGAUGCAUGCCUCUUUCGUGUGGCUCUUCCAGCAUAUCUUCUCCGGCACCCCCGCCCUCAUGGUCUCCCUAAUGCUGUUGCUCGCCAACUUCACCGUCUACUCCAUGGGCGACAGCGUCGCGGCCGCCGCUACGCUCCCGCCUCCCCAGCCCCCCACGGCGACUGUGGCGAUGAUCGACACCCACCACACAGAGCAGUCCCAUUCCCACCUGCGGUUCGACCCUGUCUCGCUUAAGACGUUCUCCACUGGCCGAACGGCCUCGGUGGGCGGUAACAGCGGCGGCGGCGGCAAGGUGCGGCCGGUCGCCGGAGCAACCGGCGACGGUCGGUCAGACGAGUGGUCGAAUCGGCAAAGCGGCGCGGUGUUGCCGCAGGACGCGUCACAGGCGACGCCGGUCGGGGCGGGCGCGGAGGAGGCUGUGUCAGACGCAAUGGCCGUGGAGGAGACAGAAGACGAGCUGGUCAUCUGGAAAAGGAUAGCCGAUGAGGCUACCAGGAUGCAGGCGAGCGUUCGCGCCGAGGCGCUGAUGGACCCGGACACACUGGGGCAGCUCGUCGCGCCGGUGGAGGCAAAGCUAGACACGGAGGACAUGGCCGACUUCGCGGCGACGGAGGAGCGGUACGAGCGGGCUGUGUCCGAGGAGCCCGACAACUCGCUGCUGCUGUCCAACUUUGCCCAGUUCCUGUACACGGUGCAGCGCAACCACGACCGGGCGGAGCACUACUUCAAGCGGGCGGUGCGCGCGGAGCCGGCGGACGCGGAGGCGCUGGGUCGGUACGCGACUUUCCUCUGGAAGGCGCGCAAUGACCUCGCGGCCGCGGAGGAGACGUACCAGGAGGCCAUCGCCGCCGAGCCCAGCAACUCCCACCACGCGGCGGCCUACGCGCACUUCCUGUGGAACACGGGCGGCGAGGACACAUGCUACCCCCUCGACUGAUGCGCGUGCAUGCCUCCGCGAUCCAACACCUCCCUCCCUCCCUCUUCCCCAAGAAAUCUCAACAGACACACACACACACACACAAAAGCAAGGAUUUUUUUUACCACGUCCCUGAACAAGACGCACUUCCUCCACCUUGCACGUGCUUGGCAGUUACACUACAGUACUACACUAUACUACGCGCUGGUACAGAAAUUUCCAUCCUGUGGUUGCUCGUCUCGCGGUGAGUAUUGAGGCGAUCCGCGGCGUGCGUGCUGCCGCUUCCCUCUCUGGAAAUCCGGCGAGCGGGGCAGUAUGUUGGCCGGAGAAGGGGGGGGGGGGGCGCGUUUCGGUAGCGUGAUCGAUCGAGCUCGCGGCCCUACGGGUUUGUCGGUUGCGUUUGCCCGAGGAACCCGUCCUAUUGGCACGCACGUAUGCUUUCGCAGUAGCACAGCGUCGUGGUCUCGUGGAGAGAGAUGAGAGUUUGAUGUGUUUACCAGUGGAGUGAGUGAAAUGAAUACUGUAAUACAAGUGCAUAGCAGCAAUCCAAUUUUAUUACCUGUAAUUGUGCAGACGAAUAAGAGGCACUUUUUUUCCCCCGCCAACUGCGGUUCGUAGGAGUACUAUUUUUUCUUUAAUAAACAAAAAACGAUGUGCUAAUAGUAUUUCCUGUUCCAGAACAUUCUGGAAAAUUGGAAAGCAUCCCGUGCUGUAUAAAGUUGCUUUAGGUAAAGGAUGGGAACGGGGUACCAGCGGAGCGGUAGCGGCCGUGUUGCACAUGUAAAAAUGGAUUAGUAAUUACUAUCUGAUCUGAUGCGAGGCCCUGGUAAACUCGUGGUGCAUGGAUGCUGCAGGCUCUGCGCAUACAGCCCAUUGGUGGCUUGGCGCCUUUGCCGCAAAGCCAGUUUUGUUGAGGUUUGCAUAAACAAUGGAAAACCAAGCCUGUCAUUCUGACGUCCGAUCUUUGUCCAUCCCAACAAUAUGAUAGAAUUCUUUGGGCUUGUUUGUUCUAAAGAAUUUGCAAAGGAUUUAAGUUAGGGACUGAAAAGUUAGGAUUCUUUUUUUUCCCUUUCAGAGGAUUCUCACUGUGAGGUGAGAGCUCUUAAAAAAUCUUGGAGAAUAAAAAUGUAUAUGGCAGUUUAAUUCUUUACUUUUUCAUGUUCCUAUGUUUUAGAAUUCCUACGAAUAAGCCAUUCGUG